AUGAAUAAGAAAGAUCCCCAGAAACCGCCAUCUGCAAGCUCUAAGCAAGCCAAACUAAAUGAAUCCAAAGGGAAGACCACUUCUGCCUCGACAAAAAACACUUCUACUUCCAACCCUCUUACUAAGGGCCCUGCACUUAAGCAAGGGGGUCUUUGUAGGCCCCAAGGAGGUAGCAGCUCGUUUCUCAGCUCACCGAAGCCUUCCAAACAACUGAAGGAAGGUGGUGUUGAUGGGAAGAAGAAAGCUAUACAAUCUUCAUUUCCCAAGGCAGGUUCCAACCCUGGUACCAACCCCUCGGUUAAAGAGAAACCCUCCUGA